AUGUGUGAGUGUCUGCGAGGGAUCUUCCGUGUCACCUGGACACCCUCUUCAGACGCAGAAGUGAGAGUUCUUGCAGUUGGUCCAAAGGCAUCUGAAAAAAUCAUUCCUUCAGUCAGUACGGAAAAGGCUGUUAUGGAGAUUAACAUUUUUGAAAUUGCAAAGAGCAGCCCUUCAGGAUCGGCUGCUGUGACUUUCAUGAGCUACACAAUGAUGGAGAAUCUACUGAAGCCAGACUUCUUCAACACAUCAAAUCACACAAAUAAAACCAUGAUGUCCACUGUGAUCUCAGCUACUCUUCCCAAAACCAACUACACUAAACUCACCAAACCAGUCAACUUCACCCUCAAACACAUCAGAGAGUUUGAUCCCAACGGUUCUCUGUCCUGUGUGUACUGGAAUAUCAGCGAGUGGAUUGUAGAUGGAUGUUCUGUUUUAGAGACCAACAGCAGCUACACUGUGUGUUCCUGUGAUCAUCUGUCCACAUUUGCUCUCAUCAUGCAAACCAGAGGGCCACAAAAGAGUCACCCACCGCUGGAGCUGUUGAAUUUGGUGUGUGUGAUCGUGGGACUGGUGUUCUUCAGUUUGGCCCUGUUGACCUUUGCCCUUUGUCAGUGGAGCCCUGGAGUGAAUAAUGUGGCUCGAAUCAACAUCUGCAUCAGUCUUCUGUUGGCUCAUCUUCUGCUCCUGCUCACACAGCAGUUCCUGAAUCUCAUACGGCCUCAGCAGGUGCUGUGUGCCGUGAUCUCAGGCCUUCUGCACUUCCUCUUUCUCUCCGGCUUUGUGUGGAUGUUCAUUGAAGCUGUGCUGCUCUUCAUCUGUGUGAAGAACCUAUCACAGAUCAGCUCCAAGAAGAGGGAGGUGCUUAGCAGUGGAUUCCUGUGUGUGAUUGGAUAUGUGGUUGCUCUGGUUGUGGUGUGUGUGUCUGUCGGUCUGGUUCCUGAAGGCUACGGCAGCGAACAGUGCUGGAUUAAAAUUGAUCAAGGUUUUAUCUGGAGUUUUCUGGGUCCUGUUUGUGUCAUACUUGCAUUAAACACGAUUCUCUUCAUCAAUAUCAUCAUCACUCUAAACUCAACUCUUAAAAAACUGAAUGCUGAGGUUUCACAGAUGAAACAAACGAAGGUUUUGGUGUUUAAAACUCUGGGUCAGUUUGUGGUUCUUGGUUGCCCCUGGAUUCUGGGUUUCUUCAUUAAUGGCAAUGAGGUGCUGGAGAUCAUCUUCCUGAUCUUGAACUCCCAGCAGGGAACCUUCAUCUUCCUGAUCUACUGUGUCCUCAAUAACGAGGUCAGGCAGCAGUACAGGAAGUUCUUCAGAUGUCUUUGCGGUGGACACAAAAAACUCUGAGGACUACCGCAUCAUGUUUAGGCAUUAAAAGUAAUGCUAAAAUGCCAUUAACAGGUGAUGUAAUUCUUACAGUAAAAUCUACAUAUAAGUAGACUGAUUCUAAUUUGGGAGAAAUUUCCUGGUUUGAAAUAUAAAAUAACAUAUUCUGCAAUAUAACUGUAUUUAAAAUGUAACUAUCACAUGUAGUUUUGGUUUCACUUUCAUUUUCAUGGACUUUUAGUUUGUUUGUCUUUGUUACCUGUUUCAUUGGUUGUCAUAAAUGUUCAGUGAUUUCACAUACCUGUUCAUUACUUGUUCAUAAGUUAUCUGUGUCAUUCAUUGUCUGGUGUUGUCUGUGCCUUGCACAGUGUCGUUGAAUCUUGUACAUGUAGAUCCCUAAUUUAUUUUGGUUUAAUAAAGUUACACUACCCAAUCUGUCA